AAUCGAAAUCAUCUUAUCCAUUCUUAAAUUUCACUCUCCCUUCUAAAACCCUGAACCCCCAAAUUAUCAGAGCUUCUCCUCUUCCCUUUUCCUUUCCCUUCUGUAAAACGUGAUAUUUAGCUUUGAAGUAUAAGUUUUUGCAGAUUUACUUGCUAUGUUCUGCUUCUGAGUUUAAGUAAAAAUGGCAUCCUCAUUGGCUACAUUGAUAUAUCAAGCUAGAGGAUUGAGAGGUGUUGCAUUUCAAGACAAUUUCAUUUCUAGCAAACCAAAUUUCAAUCGCUUUCAGACAUCAUUUGUAGGUUCAUUUCCCUCUGGAAAAUUGCAAGUUAGUGUUGGUUCGAACAAUCCAUCAAGGUCUUUACUUCCACGUAUAAGGAGUGAGAAGAAGGAUGAACCAAUUGAAUACGUUUCUGUUGAGCGUCCUCCCUACUAUAGUUACUUGGACUCAACAUCUGGCCAACUUGAGCCAGCUUCUGGUGCCCGUGCAAGUAUUCCAGGAGAAGAAUACUGGCCAGAAGGCACUGCUAGUCAAGUUAGGGCUGCCAGAGCUCCUGAGCCAACUGGUGAGUCAGCAGGAUCACCUUCUUAUGGAAAACGGCCUGGAAGUAGGAGGAAGAAGUAUAAAACAUUUGUUGCUGCUCCUGAAUCUUCUGAAGUGAGAGUGGAAUCAAGUGAGGCUGUGGUACCUGAAAUUUCUGAAGAUACAAUGGAAGAUCCAAAAGACUCCUCAUCUGAGUAUGUUGUUUAUCAGACUGAACCUGUGGGAGAAGAAGAAACUGGGUAUGAAUUAGACAAGAAGCUUGGACGUCCUCAUCCCUUCAUUGAUCCUGAAAAGAAGAAGCCAAUAGAAGGAACACUGUCAAGUGAAGAACUAUGGUGGAACUGGAGAAAGCCAGACAAUGAACAAUGGUCCAGAUGGCAAAGAAGGAAGCCUGAUGUUGAAACGGUUUUUCUCAAAGCGAUGGCUGAGACUGGGCAAGUAAAGCUUUAUGGUGAUGAACCAACAUUAACAGAAACUUCUCUUUACAGAGCUAGACGACAUCUUUUCAAGGAAGAAAGACUUAAAGCUGAAAAAGAGAGACUGGAGAAAAUAGGACCAAUUGCAUACUACUCGGAAUGGGUAAAAGCAUGGAAGAGGGACACUUCGCGCGAAGCUAUUCAGCGACAUUAUGAGGAGACCAGUGAAGAUGAAAACAUGCAACUAAUUGAAAUGUUUCGUCAUCAAACAGAUCGAGAAUAUCGCAUAAUGAUGGGGACUGAUGUUCGUAUCAAGAGGGAUCCUUUAGCAAUGCAAAUGAGAGAGGACCAAAUAAAGCAAAUAUGGGGUGGAGAUCCGGUGUACCCAACUGUGAACUACAUUCAAGAUCCAGAUGAAAUAAUUGAUUACAGGGGUCCAGAUUUUCAUGAACCAACACCCGAUAUGCUUGCUUAUCUGAUGGAGCAUGGAAAAAUCAUAUCAAGAGAGGAGCUCAAUACGAUUCUCUCAAGAGAGAAGCCUGAAGAACUGGAGAUGACAGACAUGGAUGAAGCGAUGGCACGAGCUGUUGACAUAGGUGAAAAAGAUGAGGAAGGAGAAGAUAGUGAGGCUGAAGGUGAUGAAGAAGAGGAGAAAAUUUCUCGAAAUUGGAGUGUCCUGAAAAGUACCCCUCAGCUUCAAAAGUCAAAGGCUAAGCCCAAAAAGGAUGGCCCCAUGUCUCUUGACACGGCUAUCGAGGAUUCGGAGAACUUGACUGAUUUUCUUUUAGAUUUUGAAGAAGAAGAAGGGUGAUGGUUACAGCAAAGACAAUUCAACAAAUGCUUGAGGUGAUAAUUAAAGUACAUGAUUGUCUUUAAAAAAAAAUAGACCAUCGUUCAUGCGAGCAAACCAAGUUCAUCAAGUUAGUUGAUGGUGCGCAAAUUGUCAAGUAGAAAAGGUUAAUUAUAAUUAUUAUAAUGAUUUUAUGUUACCACUUCUAGGAUGGCACCAAGAGGGCUACUGCGUUCAUGACACAGAUAUUCUGCUUGACCUUAUGAUGCAGGGAAUUUAUGUUUACUAUUAUUUUAGUUUUAAAAUUAACUUUCUUUAUUUAUCUA